AGCUCUUGUUGUCUGGCUUGUGAGACAUCAUAGCUCCCACUUCCAUCCUUCCCGCGGCCGACGUAUAGCUCCGAGUAGUGUAGCUCGGGGCGUCUCUCCCUCCCUUUUAACGUUUGACCUUUCCCUUCCCACCUUUCCUGCCUCUGUGCCUCUCCUGUGACGUUUAUCUUUUCCCACCAACUCGAACAUCUGUGUCUGCCCAAACUGAGGAUAACAACAACACCUCCCCCGCAAGACAUCAACGAAGCCUGAACUUCAUUUGGCUCCAGGUACUAUACAAGAGAACCAAAUUGGUCCGUUCGCCAGCUUGAAGGAUUCACCUACGAUUCCAUAGCUCCACACGGCAAAAUAGCAAGACGUCUUUCGAUUCGACGCUGACACGAGCGCAAGAUGGAUCAUCCAGUCAAGGAGAUCAAGACCAUAAUCCGGGACCUAGUCCAGGGAUCCCCCGAGAAGCAGCAGAAUGCUCUCUACUCCAACUUCACCGAGGACGCCUCCUUCACCCACCCAUUUUGCCAUGUCCCGUCCUUUGGCAACAUCCAGAUCCCGUUUCUCUUCACCAUCAACUCGCGCUGGCUGGUCCUCAUGAUUUACCGCUGGUACCGCAUUUUGAGCCCUAAUAUUGAAAUGGAGAUUGAGUCUUCCGUCCAAGACCAGAAGACAAACCUGCUCUACGUCAAGAUGCGCCAAGACUUCCGCCUGUGGUUCGUUCCCUUCUACUCGGCCCCCGUCGACUUUGUCGUCGUCCUUCGCCUAGAGACCCGCACAAUCGACGCCAACGGCAACCCGCUGCCCCGCGGCUACGGCGACACCGCCUCUGUCGGAACCCGUCAACGCCAGUUCAUCGUCAGUCAGGAGGAUCACUACCAGGUCGGCGAGUGGCUCAAGUUUAUCGCCCCCUUCUUUGGUUACUGGGCCUGGCACGCCUGGACCCUCUUGGCAACGGCGCUGUGUGUCGUUGGCGCCUUCUUUGGAUAUCCCCUCACCCUGCUUUUCGGACAGAUGGCUGGCCCCAACAGUAAUGGCAACGGCCAGGAGAGUAAGCGAGAGUAGGACGCCGCGGUUGACGAUCUAUUUAUUUUUUUGGGAGAGUUUCAGAAUGGCCUAGCAAGAGUAGCUGAUGAGGUGUCAAGCAAGUCUUGGUAUUGAUUGUGCGAAAGCUGAGUGAGGAGGAAGGGAUAUCUUUGAAAUAUGAAUAGUCAACUGGAAUGGUAUUGGGUUUGCACUAUUAGCGAAUAGUUGCCGGUACUGAAUGGGGUAUGUUUAGCAACCUACGCAGGGCAUUGGACUUUGAACUAUGGUCACUGAGUUUGACUUGAUCAUGCUUUCCGUGGAUACGGGCUCGUGUAAAGGAGUGACCUUCAUCGUUGACCAUCCCAGCUAGUGUAGAGAAGCGAGGUGAAGUCAGUCCUCCCC